CAGCUUCCGGGAGGUUGUGCGCCGACCUGAUCAUAGAGAAGCUAGAGGAGACGCCCACUUCCGGUUGUCGUGGGUGCUCCGUGGGUGUAGUGGGAAACGAUCUUCUCUUUGCCCCACUCCCGCGCAGACGCACUAGUGAGCCCUUAGUUGCCAGACAAAGAGUGACGCCCGGAGCUUGAGUCAUGGCGGCGACGGAACCGAGCUUGGCGACCGCCGGGAUCCCUGCGGCUGUACCGCCGGAGCAGCAGGACGGAGCCGGUCUGAACUCAGACCCUGAGCCUAACUCUGCAGAUCCCUCGACCUCAGAGGCCUCCCCGCCUGCCCCCGAGCCCUGCAACCCCAACGCCGAGAUCCCCGAAGCGAAUAUUACGCCCUCCGCGGCGGCUUCCGCGGUGUUGGAGCUCCCGCCCCUCAGCCCCGCACCCCUGGGUUCUCCCCCUCAGGCCUCAGCCGCCUCGCGCACCCCUGCGGGCCCCGGCGGCUCGCGGCCAGGCCCCGAGACGUUCCGCCAACGUUUCCGACAGUUCCGCUACCAGGACGCGGCCGGCCCCCGAGAAGCGUUCCGCCAGCUGCGGGAGCUCUCCCGCCAGUGGCUGCGGCCAGACAUCCGCACUAAGGAGCAGAUGGUGGAGAUGCUGGUACAGGAGCAGCUACUGGCCAUCCUGCCCGAGGAGACGCGGGCCCGGCGGCUCCAGCGCCGCGCGGACGUGCGCAUCACCGGCUGAGCGGUGGCGCUGAGCCGAGCGUUCUUUGGACUGGGGCCAUGAUGGGUUGGGGCCGGAGCCUGGCACACCACCCGGUGUUAAUGAAAGAGUUUUGACAGCU